AUGAAUAGUUGUUCCUUAGAGCAAAAUGGCACGGGGACGGUGAUUAGUCCCACCACUGUGAUACUGGGGACAGAUGAAAACAUUUCGGUUCUACCUGGCACAGUGACCGGGGACGGGGAUGAUGAUGACGAAGGAGGGGAUGAGAAUAAAGCGAGAGGAAACUGGUCCAAUAAAAUGGACUUCAUUCUCUCAAUGGUUGGAUAUGCUGUUGGUUUGGGAAACGUCUGGAGAUUCCCAUACCUAGCCUUCCAAAAUGGAGGAGGUGCUUUCUUGAUUCCUUAUCUAAUAAUGUUGGGUCUUGCUGGAAUCCCCAUAUUCUUAUUGGAGGUGUCCUUGGGGCAGUUUGCAAGCCAAGGACCCGUGUCCGUAUGGAAAGCAAUCCCUGCUCUUCAAGGUUGCGGGAUUGCCAUGUUGAUAAUAUCAGUCUUGAUAGCCAUAUACUAUAACAUAAUAAUGUGCUGGACAUUGUACUACCUGUUCGCUUCGUUGAAGGGCUCACUCCCCUGGGCGAACUGCAAGAAUAAAUGGAACACUCAACACUGCAAGGACAAAGACAUGCUUCUUCUUGAGUCAUGCAUUCUGCGUGAUGCGAACGCCACCUCUAUAAGGAAUACUACACUGUGUUUGUCUGCUGAUGUCAUUGGGAAUCUGAGCAAACUCACUAACAUCACAUCUGAGAUCAACAAAACCUAUGUCAGCCCAAGUGAAGAGUAUUUUAAAUAUAAUGUACUGAACAUCUCCAGAGGAAUAGAAUACCCAGGGGAAAUCCGCUGGCCUCUGGCCCUCUGUCUUCUCUUGGCAUGGGCUAUUGUCUACGCCUCACUGGCUAAAGGAAUCAAAUCAUCUGGGAAGGUGGUGUAUUUCACAGCUACGUUCCCCUAUGUGGUGCUGGUGAUUCUGCUGGUCAGAGGAGUUACUCUGCCUGGAGCUGGGGAUGGCAUCCUCUACUUCAUCACUCCCAAGUGGGAGAAACUCUACGAUGCCAAGGUGUGGAAGGAUGCUGCAACCCAGAUCUUCUUCUCCUUGUCAGCAGCCUGGGGUGGACUCAUCACGCUGUCCUCCUACAACAAGUUCCAUAACAACUGCUACAGGGACACCAUCAUUGUGGCCUGCACCAACAGUGCCACCAGCAUCUUUGCAGGGUUUGUCAUCUUCUCUGUCAUCGGGUUUAUGGCUCAUGAGCUGAAAGUGCCCAUCGAACAGGUGGCUGAUGGGGGUCCUGGCAUAGCCUUCGUAGUGUAUCCAGAGGCCCUCACCAGACUUCCUCUCUCUCCUUUCUGGGCCAUCAUCUUCUUCCUCAUGCUACUCACCCUGGGACUGGAUACCAUGUUUGCCACCAUUGAGACCAUAGUGACGUCUGUGUCAGAUGAGUUCCCCAGAUAUCUGAGGAAGUACAAGGCCCUCUUCACCCUGGGGUGCUGCACCUCUUUCUACAUCCUGGGGUACCCCAUGAUCACAGAGAAUGGAAUGUAUAUGCUUCAGCUGGUGGACACAUAUGCAGCCUCAUACUCUCUGAUCAUCAUCGCCAUCUUUGAACUUGUGGGAGUAUCAUACAUUUAUGGUCUGAAGAGGUUCUGUGAAGACAUUGAAAUGAUGAUCGGGUUCCAGCCAAACAUGUUCUGGAGGGUCUGCUGGGCCUUUGUGACCCCCACCAUUCUCACAUUUAUUCUGGGUCUGAGUCUGUACCACUGGAAGGUGAUGACCUAUGAGACCUACACCUACCCCACCUGGUCCAUGGUGAUGGGCUGGCUCAUGGUGGUGUGUUCUGUUAUCUGGAUCCCCAUCAUGUUUGGCAUCAAGAUGCACCUGGCCCCCGGCACCUUCAUCCAGCGUCUGAAGCUAGUGUGCGCCCCUCAGCCAGACUGGGGUCCCUUCCUGAUGAAGCACAGAGGAGAACGCUACAAGAACAUGAUCGACCCGCUAGGAACCAACUCCCUGGGGCUCAAACUCCCUCCUAAAGGCCUGGGCCAGACCCAGUGCUAAUGUCUGUUCCUGGACAAGUGACAAAGUUCACCAACUCUGCAGUAGUCAUAUGUUGUUCGCUCUAUUCAACGUUUGCACACUUUUCUAUAGAUUACACAAAGGGAAAUUGAAAGUCAAAGUCCAAGAUUAUGCAUGUUGUCUUCUGACAAAGACCGUCCCUUUAAUACAGCAGUAGGCCUAUGAUCGAUUUUACAGUGAACAGGGCUGAUUUGGUGCCUACUGUGCUUAAUCUCCAGUCAUCCACAAUGCUGUUUAUUUUAUUUCUAUUUAACUACUCUGAGCCCACUGGUUAGGAGAAUGGUUAUAGACUUGUCCUCCCAGCACUCAACACUGUUACUAAAUAGAUUUGAAAAAAGAAUGAGGUUUGUUGUGAUGCAUGUCAUUGUCAAGAAAUCUGCAAUAGAAAACAUGUUGAUGAAAGAUACAUUGCCAACCCUAUCUGUUUGCGUGUGCUGUAGCAUAGUUAUAGGUAAACAUGCCAUGUCAGCUGCUCAAUGAACUAAUAAGCACAUCCCAACAGAGAAAAACUGUGGCUACAAUGAAUGAAUCAACCUCAAACUUCCCCUGUUCUAAAAUGACACUGCCUUUUGUAUAAGCAACGUGUAACUUGUAUGUCAAAUAAUUUGUGUUGCAUGUACCUACAACUGAAUCAGAAAACAUCGUAAUUUGUCAAGAAUUUGGCACGUUACACAUAAUGUUGAUCAUGCCGUUCUUAUAUGUCAUGCUAUUUGUCUUUGGCUGCUGCGAGUGUUU